AUGUUGGGUUCGGCAUGGGUCGGCAGCCAGCGCGGCAGCGUGUUGCGGGCUCUUCGGGCGGGGCUGUCCCAGACCACAGGAGCAGCGCGCCUGGCCGCUGGAAUUCCAGUGCACCGGCCAGCACAGCAGGCUCGGCACAUCAGCAUCGAGCCCCAGUCACCGCCAGCAACAGCAAAGAAUGCAGCGGCAGUUGAGGCGAUAAAGGAAGAGCAGGCAGUGGUUUCCCCGGAAGAAGCCAGCUGCGACAGCGGACAGCACUCAAAGCAGCUGGCGGUACCGCUGCCGCCGCUGCUCAGGUCGUUUGCAUUGGCAGCAGUGGCGGGCAGGCGGGAUUCGGCAGUGAGCGACUCGCUGGUAGAAAAGUUCGGCUCCGACCUGCAGUCAAUCGACAACAGCAUCGGGACGGCGAAGCGGCGGGUGCGGCGGUGGUUUGGCAGCGGGCAGAUGUGGCACCUGAUAGACACGGCAAUCGCCGACCGCACGUUCGAGGAGGCGGAGCUGGCGAUGGUGCAUGCGACGGGGCGGCUCAACGAGUCGCUGCAAGGGCUGGCGAGGCAGCUGGCGCACGAGGCCAGAGGGGUGGAGAAUGUGGGCCGGCAAGAGCCGGUGGAGAGGUUUGCGCUGGCACGGCGGGUGUGGCGGGCGCAGCAAGACGUGGCAGAUGCCGAGUUUGUCGAGCGCAUUCCGGCGUACGUGCGGUGGUCGCUGGCGCAGUUCUGGGCCAUCGGCGGAGUAGGAGUAGCCGGGGCGGUGGCCGGUGCGGCCGUGUAUGGGGUACCAGCUGUGUAUGCGUCGCUGGGCGGCUUUGGUGCGGUGGUGAUGGCCUUUGUCUGGCUUGGGCGGCGGUGGAGCUGGCUGGAGAGGCUGCGGGAGGAUCUGCUGCAUGUGUUCCGGGCAGAGGUGCGGUCUGCGCUGGAUGCGCCGGUCAUUGACGCCGUUGAAUCAAGCCCGCUGAUCCGCAAGGCGUGA